GUGCGGGCGGGGGAUUGCAUGGACCGGGAGGGCGGCCCUGCACCCUAUGCAGCCAGUCUGAGCAUCUGCUGUGUUCUUAAGAUCCGCCUCGCCGCCCAACCCCGCAGAAACCAGUGGUAGCAUUACAGGGUCAUUAGGCCCGCAACCCCCCCCCCCCGCCCAGUACCAAAGACCCUCGCUUUCGCCCCCGGACCUUGGCCCACAGGGCAGUAUGGGAGGGGACUGGCAUGAGGGGCUCCGAGGUGGGUGGAAGGGCUCUGCGCCCUGCCUAGGGUAUGGACGGCCUCUGAAGGUUGAAGUGCAAGUAGAGUGGACGCUGAUGGUCCUGAAGACCGCUGACCCCUGGCCGUUUCCCUCGUUUAGGCUCAGGGGAAAGGAGCUGGCCAUGCUGCACGUGACCCGGGAAGUCUGGGCAUUCAGGGUCCGAAUAUGGCCCCUGUUGUUAGGGUCCCCCCGGGCCCUAUCGUCGUUGGCAACCAAGAUGGGGGUGUACCGCAAGAUUUGGAGCCCCACGGAGCCCCGCGAGUGGGCCCAGCAGUACCGCGAGCGUUUCAUUCCGUUCUCCAAGGAGCAACUGCUCCACCUCCUGAUACAGGAUUUCCACUCCAGCCCUAUGCAGAAGGCAGCUUUGGAGGCGUUUUCAGCCCACGUAGAUUUCUGCACCCUGUUCCACUACCAGCGCGUCCUGACGGAGCUGCAGGCCAUGUACGACCCCAUCAACCCUGACAGGGACACCUUGCAUGAGUCUUCGCUCUCGGACCCCCAGCGUCUGGCCAAUGAGCAGGAGGUGCUUCGGGCUCUGGAGCCCCUUCUUGACCAGGCCAACUUCUCCCCGCUGUCCGAGGAUGCCCUGGCCUAUGCGCUGGCAGUCCACCACCCGCAGGAUGAGGUCCAGGUGACAGUAAAUUUGGAUCAGUAUAUCUACAUUCACUUCUGGGCCCUGGGGCAGCGCGUCGGGCAGAUGCCUCUGAAGCUCAGUGCGAAUUCCCUGCGUGGUUUCUUCAUCAGGUCGCCGCCCGCGGAGAGGAGAUACUUUAAGCGGGUGGUCCUCGCCGCCCGCACCAAACAGGGGCGCCUGGUACUGAAAAGCUUCAAGGACACGCCCCUGGAGGGCCUGGAGCUGCUGCUGCCGGAGCUGAAGGUGCGCACGCCGCGUCUGCAGCGCGCCCUGCUCAACUUCACGCUGCUCGUCUCGGGCAUGGCCUUCUUUGUCAACGUGGGCAUGGUGGUGCUGUCCGACCUCAAGGUGGCCACGUCGUUGCUGCUGCUGCUCUUCGCUGUCUUCAUGGGCCUGCGCGCCUCCAAGAUGUUCGGGCAGCGGCGCAACGUGCAGGCGCUGGAACUGGCGCACAUGCUCUACUACCGCAGCACAUCCAACAAUUCGGAGCUGCUCUGCGCCCUGGCCCACCGCGCGCAGGACGAGCACACCAAGGAGACACUGCUGGCACACAGCUUCCUGGCACGGCGGCCCUUGGGCUUGGGUGACCAGCCUGAAGAGACUUCCCGGUGGCUCCAGUCCGAAGUGGAGAAUUGGCUCCUGACCCAGUCAGGUUUUGAGGUGACGUUCAACGGAACUCGGGCUCUGGCCCACCUUCAAGCCCUGACCUCGACAACCGAGAUGUACCCGCCCCCAGGGUUCCCCACGCUAGAUCUCCUGGCUACUACAGUCCCCCCGGCUGCACCCAGCAGCGGCAUCCCUGGACAGAAAUCUCUCUACCCAGCUCCGCCGCACCACCUGGUUGGGCACUGAGGCCCGCCUCCCCAAAGACAAGCUAUCAAUCACUGUUGCUACGCUUUGCCCCGCCCCAAUCUCCAAUUACUGGCGAUCCGUUACAUUUAUUCUUAAAGCUGCCAUUCAAGGCAUCCCUUGAUCGGCCCGCCUCUUUUGGCGUUCAGCCAAUCAAAACUUUAUCUUUUUAUUCCCACCCCAUUAACAUCCAAUCAUGGUUUGACUGAGGAGUGUCAGCCAAUCAUAGCUGUUCAACGUUGCAAACCACCAGGCACCGUAGUUCAGCAGUGCCCUCCCGAGGCUAUAUAUCAUUGUCUUUUUAGCCUGCACCGGGCAAGUUGCCCAUCAUGUUCACCAAGGCGGAGCUCCAGCCGGCAGCCAAUGAAAGCUAUGUAGCCCUGCUCUCUGGGCUAAUUGCCAGUGACAGCUGCUGGGCACCAUCAACCUGGGGCAGCCAGUUGUCUGCAUAGAAUUUCUAAAGGAAACCUGAUCUUCCUAGGAUUUUCAGGCCAUCUGGUCAGCUGCUGAUUACCUAGCCCGUGCUGAAGGGGUUGGGUGCCUUGUGCCAGGAACGAAGAUGUGGACUAGAAGGAAUUGUAGACCCUGCUCACUCCUGCCCCACAGCCACUUGGGCCCUAAGGACCUCAGGUGCCUUCCCUACCGGGUCUCAUCCUUUCUACAGAAACUGCCUUUGUUUUUAUCUUUCCGGCCCCCAUGGCCAGUGCAAUAUUUAUUGGUCUCCCCAUUUCUCCCUCACCCCACCUCCAAAGGAAAUAAAGCAUAUUUAGUAAAUUCGGGUGAGUGGGGUAGCAGCAAGUUUUGGAAAAAGAUGCCAGGAGUUGAGGAAAUGCUGUGGAUGGGCCGCCUGCAAUCCUCAAGUCUGAGCUUGCAGUUGGCAGUUGGCACAGUAGAGCGGAAGAGGAGCCGAGAGGGGGCCUGAUCCCUAAGGAGAGGCUCUGGUUUCCUGGCACUGCGCGUCUUCAGACUGAGGGAGACGAGGAAGCUGUGCACAGCUGUGCAGAUUGUUUGCUGCCCGAAGGCACACACCCUAGGAAUGGAUCGUGUCAAAUCCAGCCUCCCUUCCUCCCUCUCACAUGUGUCCAGAUGUUCUGGGGAGGCUUGGGGGGAGAGAGGGCGCCAAGCUAGUUUUGACUAAGGGGUCACAUGAUCUAAGUGGCACUUUCAAAGUGUUGUUCCCCCUCUUCCCUCCUCUCUCCCAUCCAGGAGGG